UACCAUAUUCUCUUUUGUUUCUUCUACUCACAACCGCCACCGCCAUCGCCAUCAGGCCCAUCACCAUGACCAUGUAGACUCUUUUCCCCUCUCUUACUCUCUCUCUCUCUCUCUCUCUCUCUCUCUCUCUAGCUCUCUGAGCUACAAGACGUUCUUUUCCUACAACAAAGCACUGCAAAAUAACGACGCUUUUGAACUCCAACCACCACAAUGCCACCUAUCAAUCUGCUGAUGAUCCUCUUGCUCACGUUGCUCUACUUCACCACCACCGCCACUUGUUACCGCCACCUCCUCCACCAGCCCCUUUUCCCCUUAGAGUCUUCCCCUCCAACCCAACCGCCAUCCUUCUCUCCCCAAUCCCACCCAACCCAAAUUCCCAAACUACCCUUCUCUUCCUCCUCCUCAACCCCUCCCCUAAAACCUUUCUUUCCCUCCUCCUCCUCUCACUCCCCACCGCCCCCUCCCUCCCCUACUUCCCUCACCUCCUUCCCCGCCAACAUUUCCUCUAUCCUCUUUCCCAAAAACUCCUCCUCCUCCUCUUCCCACCGCCACGUCAUUGCCAUCGCCAUCUCUGUUUCUGUCACUGCCUUCAUCAUCAUCGCCUCCGCCGCCGCAUUUCUGUACUACCGUCGACGCCGGCAGCCUAACGAUACCAUACCCGACGAUAAGGCCUCCAUAAACGACAGUCUCCGUCUGUUCCCGCCAAACACCGCCUCCUCCGACGCGGUUCACAAUCAUCGUAGUAGUACGCCCAAUACCAGCAGAGAGUUCCUCUACCUCGGAACCUUAGUUAGUCCCCGACGAGGAACCGACCAGGAAAACGUCGCGAACACGAGCAAUGCGAGCUUGGCGUUCGGGGUGUCGAGCCACUCUGCCUCGCCGCCGUAUCAGAGACUGGGCUCGCCGGAGCUGAAGCCGCUUCCGCCACUUCCCAAGCACAAUUUCAGACGGAGCUUCAAGAAUUCCCAGCUGGGUUCCGAUGACGAUGAAGAGGAGUUCUUUUCUCCCAGAGGGUCUUCCGCGAGUCCCAAACAUGGUAGCGGAAGAAUAACAAGCCCUGACAGAGUGUUUAAGGCCGUCGAUGGCGUAAACUUCGGAAGUAGAAGCUUCAAUUCGAAAACUGCGUCAUACCCAUGUUCGAAAUCUGCUUCCCCAGCAAGUUCUUGGUCUCACACGGUCUCGCCGGCGUUGAAUUUGAGCCCCAGAAACUUGAAAUCGAAGUCGCCGGACUUAGUAAUCAAUUUCUCAGCUCCGUCGCGGCCUCCUCCGCUACCAAUAUCAUCGUCCCCAUGCUUCUCUUCGUCGUCCUCAAGAAAUUCUGAACAUAUCGGGCUGAAGAACCACUCUCCAGAGAGAAAUAAGAGUUUUUUUCCGAUAAGACUUCCCCCUCCGCCUCCGCCACUGCCACCACCGAGGUUUUGGGAAGCCCCAGCGGGUCCAAGUCACAACACAGGGCCACCGGUUCUUAUCACUCCUUCACGGCCGGCUGUGCCUCAGAAUUCGGGACCCAUUUUGGCGGGUGAAAGUGAAGAGAGCAAUGAGAUGGUGGAAAAGAAUGAGGAGACUCCAACAAAGCCAAAACUGAAACCUUUACAUUGGGAUAAAGUUAGGGCCAGCUCAGACCGCGCCAUGGUGUGGGAUCACUUGAAAUCCAGCUCUUUUCAGUUGAAUGAGGAGAUGAUUGAGACAUUGUUUAUGGUAAACAAUUCGACUUUGACACCGAAUGACAAUGUCCGGCGACAGAUUCUUUCUUCUGUGAAUCAGGAGAACCGCGUGCUUGAUCCGAAGAAGUCUCAGAACAUUGCAAUUUUGUUGAGGGCACUUAAUGUUACCAUUGAUGAAGUCUGCGAAGCGCUUUUGGAAGGUAAUUCAGAUGGACUUGGGACAGAACUGCUCGAAAGUCUAUUAAAGAUGGCUCCAACCAAAGAGGAAGAACGGAAACUAAGAGAGUUCAAAGAUGAAUCACCGUUUAAGCUUGGCCCAGCUGAGAAAUUUCUGAAGGCGGUGCUCGAUAUACCUUUCGGGUUUAAGAGGGUGGAUGCAAUGCUCUACAUUUCCAAUUUUGAUUCAGAAAUAGAUUAUCUGAAAAGGUCUUUCGAGACUGUGGAGGCAGCUUGCGAAGAAUUAAGGAACAGCAAAAUGUUCCUGAAGCUUCUUGAAGCGGUGCUCAAAACUGGGAACCGGAUGAAUGUUGGCACUAACCGUGGCGAUGCCCAUGCCUUCAAGCUAGACACACUUCUCAAGCUUGUAGAUGUGAAGGGAACAGAUGGGAAAACUACUCUCUUACAUUUUGUUGUGCAGGAAAUCAUCAGAGCUGAAGGUUCUUGUCUCUCUGGCAUGAAUCAGAAUAAAAUAGCUGAGGAAAGCCAACAAACUUCCUUCCGGGACGAUGUCGAGUUUAGGAAGCUUGGCCUGCAAGUUGUUUCAGGAUUGAGUGGGGAGCUCACCGGUGUAAAGAAGGCUGCUACGAUGGAUUCAGAUGUACUUAGCAAUGAAGUUGCAAAAAUUGCUGCUGGAAUUACGAAAAUAGCAGAAGUUGUAAAAUUGAUCGAAGGCAGUGCAUCAAAGGAGAGUAGCAAAAAGUUCUUCGAGUCCAUGAGCGGGUUCUUGAACAAGGCAGGGGAAGAAAUUGUAAGGAUUCAAGCUCAAGAGAAAGUUGCAUUCUCUAUGGUAAAGGACUUAACAGAAUAUUUCCAUGGGAACUCAGUUAGGGAAGAAGCUCAUCCCUUCCGAAUUUUCACGGUGGUGAGAGAUUUUCUUUCUAUUCUAGAUCAGGCGUGCAAGGUAGUCGGAAAAGUUAACGAAAGAACUAUAGUUGGGUCAGCCCGUCAAUUCCCCAGGGUUCCGAAUGCAACCCUUCCACCGUUUUUUCCAGGGCUCGGUGCAAAGCAGCAUUAUGGUUCCUCGGAUGAUGAAACCGAACUUCGACAUAGUGCUUGAUUUUACGCUGGCUGGAGCAUUUGAUGGAUUGAUUACCGUUUUAGGUUAAGCACCCUUCCUUGUACUUAUAUAUAUGAUACACACAAGAUUUUGGAAUUGUUCAUCUUGUGUUAUAUAUAGGGGAAAUUAGAUCAGAAGAUGUAAUAAGUUGUAGUAGCACAAUAUUUUGGUCUGAUGUGUAAAUUUAUUUAGUUAUAUUUAAAGCUUGUGGUUCGCCAA